AUGCAAAUCCGAGUAUUAGGCGUGCCCCAAACUGGAGCCAAAUCUCGUGUGGAAACUCAAAUAAAAUUAUGUAUCCAAUUAGUCACAGAUGAUGGCGAUAAAGCCCAAUGGUGGUCUCACCUGAAAUUACCUGAACAUAUGGUCGCCAAAGACAAAUUAAAACGCCAAGUCUUACUGUCGACACAACCCAACGGCACUAAAAUUGCCAACGUACCCGGCCUCGAAAGUCCUCUGAUUAAACCCGAAAAAAUGCUCUAUUUAACAGCUCGUGUCAUUUGUGCCAGUGACCCUUCUCGCAAAGUCGUCACCUGCCUUGGCUGCAUUCAACGCGAGCGUAAAAGAUCACAACGUAGAAAAGAAAACAAGGUCAAGAACGAGACCGAUGAAAUGAUGGAAGAUGACAAAUCAUUAGCUAACGAAGAACAAAAAGUCCUGUUAUUUAAUUGUUCAGAAGUAGUUGAUUUCAGCUCAGGCGAUACUAUUCUUCCUACUCGUAUUACCUGUUACUGCAGACAUCACAACGAGCGACUUGGUUUCUGUAUCUACUUUGAAAUGCAUGACCAUACUGGCAAACAGGUGGCGACCGGUAUGUCACCGCCCAUUAUGAUUACGGAUGACCAUAAAUCCAACAAGAUCAAAGCCGGUCGAAAACGUCUCCGUACUGACGAAAAGCCAACCACCAGCAGUAGCAGUACGACCACUAGCCAUAGUAACAGUCAUAAACGAGCCAUCUCACCUGCGCCCCCACUUUCCAUCUCUUCAUCUACAAACACGGCUCUUGAUCGUCCUUUACUACAACGGUUAAUCCCCAAUGAAGGCCCUACAUUCGGUGGUGUGGAAGUCACCGUACUUGGAAGUGGGUUCAGAUCAGGUUUGACCUGUAUGUUUGGCGAUGUUGCUGCUUCCAGUACUCACUAUUGGUCCCCAAAUACUUUGGUCUGUAUCUUACCGCCUGCUGCUGAAGCAGGUACUGUGGUGGUUUCAUUCAAGGAGCAUCCGUUGGUGGUGGAUAGUCAAGACGUAACACUCUUUACCUAUUAUAACGAGAAUGACCGUGCUCUCAUGGAACUCGCGCUUCAAGUGGUGGGACUUAAAAUGACCGGUAAAGUAGAAGAUGCACGAGAUAUUGCUAUGCGAAUUGUUCAGGGUGGCAACACGGGUGGCAAUAAUAACAGUGGUGGUAGUAAUACAGAUAAGGGAGGAAGACAGAAUACUAAUGGCACGCAUCAAAUGUCUUUGGAACGUCAUAUUAUCCAAGUACUUGAAGUCAUGAGCACAUUUCGAGACGUUGAAUCAGCGGAUGUCUCGAUUACAAGUGCACAAGGUCACACGAUGCUUCAUUUGGCUGCCAUGCUUGGUUUUGAGAAAUUAACACGAACCUUGAUUGAACUUGGAUGUGAUGUAGAUAGAACCGAUAAAAAUGGAUACACAGCUUUACAUUAUUGUGCUUGGUACAAUCAUCUUCACGUCGUUCAUGCCUUGUUGGAAGGAUCAGCUGAUGUAGAAAUCUCCAAUAUGUGGAACAAGAAACCUAUCCAUUUGACCCAAAACAUGAGUAUCCGAAACAGUUUAUGGAAUCAUGUACCCUUAGUAGAAGACGAUUCAGACUCUGCUCAUGAGGGUGGAUAUACAUCAUCAGAAGAUAUGAUGAGUGCAGAUAUUGAUACAUCCUAUGCAGAAGAAGAUUCAGAUGAAAGUAUCUGGCUAAGUGAAGCUGAAUCUGUGGAUAAUUCAGGCUGGAGACAAUCCUACUUGUCUGAUUCAGAAGAAUCCAGUUCAGCAGAUGACGAUGUAGUUGUUUAUGAAGGACUUCGUCACCGUCGUCGACAACAAUUAAUCACUUUUGCACCUCAUCAGUCACAACCUACGAUGGCUAUUCAAUACUUAAACGAAGAAGGAUCUAUGUCGCAUUCAGCGGAUGAAAUCCUUGACGCACAACCUCUCUUUGGGAUUGAUCCAACAACCGAUUACGAAGAUAAUAAUGACGAUGAUGAACGGAAAGAAAUGAAUUGGAUGCAACGUACAUUAUCUCAUUUCGGUCAACCUACCACAGAUUCGUUCUUACAAAAUAUCAAGAACAAUAUCCCUGCUAAACCUGCUGAAUUGAAUUUGAAAACCAUUGCAGAUCAUUUAUUACAGUUUCCUCGUCCGGCUACCAUGAUUGCCAAUAUGUCCGAAAUGUUCUCUACAGAUAAUCAUGUCAAGACACAGGAAGAGCCUGCAGAACAAACACUGGCUUGGUAUAUGGCACUAGCUUAUGCUAUGGGGGCACGAAGUAAUGAAGAAGAAGAGGUGAAAAAAUCUACAGAAUUUCAUACACCUCUUUAUUCCUCUGCUUGUGCGGGUCAGGAAAUCGAAGCAAAGAAACGUCGUGAUAAGCGAUUAUUUUCUUUCUGGGUUCCCAUGUUAUGUCGUAAGUUACAUUGCACUUCUUUUUUUUUCUUCUUAUCAUUAUCUAAUAUGCAUCCUUCUUUUUAG